AUGACAUCUAAGGCCUUUACGGAAGGCAAGUUCCUCGUGCCGCCUGAUUUACGGCCACCACCACCGGGACUGAAGAGAAGGGAACUACCGCCGAGGUCGAGAUCAAAAUCGCAGUCAGCGCAACCAACGCAGCCCCCGACAUCGCUCAAUUCCGAGUCAAACAAGAGUGUGGCAUUUGCGAGGUCAAAAAAGACUAAGGAACCAAUAAAGUCCGCCAGAUCAAAGAGGUCCAUGAAAGGAAAGAAGUCAAAGCCACGACAGCAACCAGAACCAGAACAGCCAACGCCAGAGCAGCAACAGCAGCAACAACAGAAACAACAAGAUGAGCCGAAAUCGCCACCAGCGUUUCACCCGCAUCCAUUUCGACGAGAGACAAUUCUUGAGUUGAGGCGAAACCCGCCGAGUUUGUCUGCACCGCCGGCCAAGGAAGCGUCAACGAAGACUCAAAUCACUUUGCCCAAAAUUAAACCUAAGAAAGUCAAAAGGCGCAUGGCCACAAUUUACGAUGUGAUUGCCCGUCGUGUCGGUCCUCAUGGAUUCCUCAAGAAGGCGAGGGCCUCCAAAUACCGGGAUACAACAUCGUCAACACAAAAAUGCAUCGCCCCGAUGGAUCACCUCUUCAAAAGACCGGUCCAUUGGAACAACAAGGUCAAGGGAGAACCAUACUUGAAAACAGACAAACUCCCCCCUGAUAAUCCCACGGACCGGAAGAUGAAAUAUCCCAGGAACCGGUUCCCCGAUAACGACCUUCUCACUGCGAUGCACGCCUACGCCGCCGACAAAUACAUUUUGGGACACGAGCGAGGCCGAAAGAACCGGAAUUUUGUCAGCUUUAACGAGUCGGCCCUACUUGCAUUUGGUAUCUUAAUUGAAGAGCUGAGCAGAUCCGCAGUCGGCCCCAGCGGAGAUAUUUCUAUGCUUCGCGCUUCUGUGCCAGAAGCCGAGGAGAAUAGGAAGAUCGACCCACUUGAAUGGUGGUGGCGAGGCAAUAAACGUCGCAAGGACCAAAAGUUUGUUCGUGAAAACUACCGUGUUGAAUACCAUGGGAACCGGGUGCGCUUCGUUCGUACGCGAAAGAGAAAAUCAAAGAGUCAGCCAGAGGCGGAAGUCAAGGACGAUGGCACAGAUGCAAAGACUGAGGAAACAGAUGGUCAAUCCGUCCAGGACGAUCACAACACUCCCAUUCCGCACAGAUCAAGGCCUCUCAAGCGGCGCAGAUCAACAUCCAGGAGCCAAUCUGUGUCUCGUUCUCGGGCUGGUUCUAAGAAGAGGAGACUUGAGCUGUCUUCUGAGUUUGUUGACGACAAUGACUAA